AUGGCGAGUAGCACAAGCACUGGUGCAGCAGCAGGAAAGAGUUCAUGGCCAGAGCUGGUGGGGACUAAAGGAGAGGAGGCAGUAGCCACUAUAAUGAAAGAAAAUCCAUCGCUCAAAGCCCACACAAUAAAUCAAGGGUCCUUCGUCACCAUGGAUUUCCGUCGCGACAGGGUUCGUGUCUGGAUUGAUGAGCAAGGUGUUGUCACUGCAGCGCCUAAGAUAGCGUAG